UAUUUUGUGAUAAGAUAACCAACACAAUGGAAGAAGCAUUGCCUAGUGAAAUUUCUGAAUUUUUGGGAAACUGUUUAAGUGAUAAUAUUCAAAAUUACAAAGUGAUCUUACAUGCUGGUAAUAAAAAAGGAGAAGGAUUCCUAGGUGAACUACUAUUUGUUACUUUAAAAAAUAAAAUUAAUAAUAAGGAGCACAAUUUAGUAAUCAAGCAAGUAUUACCAUGUGAGAAUGAAACUACAAUAGCAUUUAUGUCUUUGCUUUACAUAAACGAAAUUAUUUUUUACACAAGAAUUGUACCGGAUUUACUAAAAUUUCAAGAGUCGUUCCCAGAAGCAAAACCAUUUAACAACAUAGCAAAAUGUUUUGGCACUAAUUCCGUAAAGGGUAAAGAAAAAAUUGUUUUGCAAAACUUAAAAUUUGAAAAUUAUAAUGUACCUGUAAAAUCUGAAUUCGUUACCGACGAAAUGUACGAAGCAUUAUUUAAAUUGUAUGGAGAAUAUCAUGCUCUUAAUUUCGCAUUUAAAGAAAUACAAUCUGAAAAAUUUUCUGAAUUAAAAACUAUCUUAAACAAUAAUUGGACUUCUUUUAUUCAAACGCCAUUAUUUUCUUCAUCUCUGAAGAAUGGUGCCCAACAUAUUCAAGAAGUGUUAAAAAUACGUAAUGAAGAGGAAAUUGCAAAACAACUUCAAAAAUAUGUGGAUGCAGCUGAUGAUAUUUUUAAAGAUGUAAUAGAUUAUAAAGACUCGAAUGGUAUUUUUUUGCAUGGGGAUUGUUGGAGCAACAAUGUUAUGUUUAAAUUUGACGAAUCAAAAAAACCAGAACACAUUAUUCUACUAGACUUUCAAUUGACUUUUGUUGGUUCUCCUAUAUUCGAUCUAAGUUACAGCUUUUAUUCAGGAGCAAACAAAGAAACUCUACGAAAAUUGGAUAAAUUUUUAAAAAUAUAUUACGAAAGCUUAAGCGAACAUUUACAACAGUACGGCCUUAAAGUGGAUGAAAUAUAUCCAUUUGAAGUUAUGAAGCAGGAAUGGAAAAGAUAUUGUUCGUUUGGAUUUAUAAUGGGUUACCAAAUUUUAGGGGUCAGAAAUAUGAACGAAGAUGAAAUUCCCGAUAUAAGCAAACUUUUGAACAGUAAAGAGCCGUAUAUAUAUAAAAAACACCAAAAAAAAGGAAAUACGUUUGAAGAAUCUAUAUAUAAUUUAGCUAAACAUAUGUACGAUAAUGAUUUUAUAUAACAUCCAUCACGUUAAUUUUUCUAGUUUUUAUUUUGACUACGUUUAGUUUAAUUAAUUAACGAAAAAGGGAAUGCAACUUCCCAAUUAUUCAUCUGUAAUGAGAUUGAAAAUAAACUUAAAAUCAAUUCCACAAUAUUUUAUAAAUGGUUAAGAGAAAAUCGAACACCUUAAAAAUUUAUAAUUCCUUCUGACCCUUUAUUUUUAGUCCCAUUUAUCCCAUUUAUGUGAAAUUUUCAGGAAAUACCAAUAAUAACAAAACUUACGCACAAUUCUUUAUUAAAUCUUUGAAAAUUUGCUGCUUUUUGUUUUAAUAAAUAUCUAGUAGUUUUUCAAUGAGAUGAUUUCUCAACUUUUUUUCUUAAACGUCUCUGUAAAGUAGUGCCUUAUCGAUUCACCAAUUUAAAUAAUAUUUAAAUAUUCUAGAGACCCAACAUCGCGAAG